AGAACACUAGAACUUGAGAGAGGCGUAUGAGACAUGAUAGUGAAAAGGAGCUUUCUGCUUCAGAGGCAGUAUACCUUUGAAUAGCAGGGUUUCCUGUAUCCAUAGAUGUAUUGGCAUCAUGGAAGAGGUGGACAAGAUCCUCAUACAUUCCCUUCGCUUCUCUGGGACGGAUAUCCCAGAGGAAGUGCAGAGCAUCCGAGAGUUUACCACAGAGUUGAUAGUUGAAUCUGUUGUGCGAUGUCUUCGUGUCAUCAAUCCUUCUGUGGGGUCCGGCCUCUGCCAUGUCCUGCCUCCAGGGAUGUCUGCUCGCUUCCGAAUUGGCAUGAGCCUAGCACAAGCUUGCCAGGACCUGGGAUAUCAAGGGGAAGUUGGCUAUCAGACCUUCUUGUACAGCAAUGAGCCCGAAAUCCGACGCCUCCUGCUCUUCCUGGUAGAGAAGCUCCCACGCGAUGCCUCGGAGGACGCCAACCAGCCUGUGGGCAAAUCAACGACACUUCACAGAGCCAUUGCUGCUGCCAUCAAGGAGCAACUGGCUGUCCCCUGGGUACCCCCUGCCUGCCGUACCCCCCGCUUGCAGCUCUUACAGGGUUCUUGCCUACUGAAGCGAUUCCAAGCUCAACCCUUGGUCCUGCCUCGAGAGUCGGACCCCUUUUUGGGGAAGGUGCCCCCAGAAAGGAAAGAGUUCUUUGUCAAGUUCCUGCCCCCCGUGUCAGCCCAGCUGUCCCGACCUGCAUCCUUGCUGCCAUCCCUGUUGGAGCUCAAUGUGGCUGAGCUGAGCACAGCCCAAGACUGGGAGAACGAGUGGAAGAGCCAAGGCCUUGGAUCACGCAUGACUCCGGAGGAAUACCACCAAUGGAAGCGUCAGCGGCUACAGCGGCGCCUCCUGGACCAGUUCCGGCAGGCAUCUCCUCGUGCUGGGCCUGCCCACCAGGGAACAGCCCAUGACCUGAUUCAGCUCCUGGGAGCUUUUGGUGCCGGCCGUGAGCAUGCUGGGGCUCUGGCCAAGGGCUCUCGCUUCACCCAUACUCAGCACUUGGCCUAUAAGCAGGAGGCAGAAUCACCGGUGCAAGUAGAAACAUUGCCAAUGUCCCGGACAUCAGAACAGGACUUACGGGAACGUCAGGCAACAGAACUGGAAGCUUUGGAAGGUGAACUGGGCCACCUCAUGGAGCAGAUUGAGGCGCUUGAAGGCCAGAUAGCCAAAUUAGGGUUGACUCUCACACAGGUGGAAGGGGAGGUGCGGCAGCGGCAGCUGGGAGUGACAGAGCGGGACCAGGUGCUGCGAGUGAAGGGGUGUGCUGUGCAGCUACUUCCCGAUGCAGAGAACAACAUGGCUAAGCUGCAGGUGGUGGUGGAGAGCAGUGCACAGCGGGUCAUCCAGCUGGCCGCCCAGUGGGAGAAGCACCGGGUGCCUCUGAUCCAGGAGUUCCGGGAACUCAAGGCCCUUCAUGACUCCAAGGAGCUGGAAUCAUCACAGCGCCUGUCAGAGAUCAGGGAGCUGCAUGAGCGGAUCCGAUCAGUCGCGGAUGAAGCGAAGCGCAAGGAUGAUCUCUACAAGCAGCUGCUUAUGGAGCUAGAAUCCCUUCCCAAGGAUGUCUCUCGCUCUGCCUAUACCCAGCGCAUCCUAGAAAUUGUUGGCAAUAUUUGUAAGCAGAAGGAGGAGAUCACAAAGAUCUUGUCAGAUACCAAGGAGCUCCAGAAGGAGAUCAAUGGCCUCACUGGGAAGGUAGACCGGACCUUUGCUGUCACCGAUGAGUUGGUUUUUAAGGAUGCCAAACGCGACGAGGCUGUGAGGAAGGCAUAUAAAUAUUUGGCAGCACUGCACGAAAACUGCAGUCAACUGAUUCAGACUAUUGAGGACACAGGCACCAUCCUGCGGGAGAUCCGGGACUUAGAGGAGCAGAUUGAGAGUGAAACCAGCAAGAAAACCCUGAGCAAUUUGGAGAGGAUUCUCAGUGACUACCGGGCCAUGAAGCAGGAAAACGCAGCACUGCUUAGCCGUACCCAAGAGACGUGAAGCCCACUUACCAGUGCACAGCUAUAGGGGGCUGGUGUGGUACCUGACCUCUUUUUAAAUCAAGACUUUGCUGUGCCUCUAUCAAGGAACGGGGCACGGGGAGUAUGAGCAGGGCUCCUCCUUCCAGGCUCUGUCUGCAUUGUAAGUUGCCUAAAACCAAGCCAAAGUGCAGCACAUUUUGAGGCCGAGGGUGGGAUUGGUCCCUAGUGCCAUUUUUCUGACAUAGAUUGUAAAUUGGAGUAGAUGUGGGGAGUAAUUGUUUCCUCCAUUUAUUAUUUCCAAGCAAACCACCUAUCGUCUCUUCUCAAAAACCAAUAAAAUCUCUCUCUUCUUUUUGCAGCGUA